GAGAAGAAGAUGGAGAUGAUCCUGCUGCUGAAGAAGGCCAAGCUCAGUGUGUAUCGUGGUCAGCUUCAGGACGCCUCACAGUUUCUGCAUCAGGCCGUCGUCAUCGCUCAUCAGACCCAAAACCAGCAGGCCAUCAUCUACACCUACAGCCUGAUGGCGAAUCUGGCCUAUGUGGAAGGUCGGCUGAACCACGCAGAAAAACUCUUCAAAGCAGCGAUGAGCUUCCUGCUGUCAGGAGGAACACCACAGGACGACAACGCCGUCAUCGAGAUGUCUCUGAAACUCGCCACCAUCUACGCCGAACAGAACAAGGCGGAGCUUGCGGAGCACGGUUUCAGGUUCUGUACGGAGUCUCUGGAGGCCAAACUGGAGAAACAGAAGGAGGUGCCUGCAGAGGAGCAGACAGAGGAGCAGGAGGUUCUAAGGAAGGAGACCCGCCUCCUGCUCGGCCUGUGUUUGGACUCACGGGCUCGAUAUAGAGCGUCAAAGCUACACCUGACCCAGGCUGGACAGGACUACCAGAACGCCCUGAACAUCUGCCGGCAGGAGCAGGGAGACACACACCCACAGACUCUGGUCCUGAUGAGCGACCUGGCCACCAUCUUGGAUCUGCAGGGCCGCCAUGAUGACGCUCUGGUUCUGGUCCAGCAGGCCGUGGAUCUGAGCCGCUCUGCCGGACACCCGGACCAGCACGUGCUGUUGGGAAACCUGGCCGGCAUCCUGCUGCACAAAGGCCGGCUGGAGGACUCAGUGAGAUUCUACCAGGAGGCUCUGAACCUGGCUCGACAGGCCGGAGACCAGGAGGCCGUGGACAAGAUCCACGAGGGACUGAAGGAGGUGAAGAAGAGGAGGAACGAGGAGGCCAAGGAGGAGACGCAGAAGUGAUGGAUGACCACCUGCGGCAACUUAUCAGGACUCCACAUGAAGUCCUGGUCCUGGUCCAGGUCCAGGUCCAGGAUUCUGUUGUGUGUUUCUCCUGAAAUAAAUGUGUGUGUUACCAGUUCAA